CAAUUUUGAUCGAAAGGAACAAAAUCAAGACACCGCUCGCACUCCAAACAUCGCAUCGAUAAGGACAGCCGCCAAUGCUUGUUGAUAGAAAUGACCACAAAACCAUUUUAACAUCGUCACAAACCAGCGUUAGGCAACAAUGUUUCGCCUAUCAUCAUCGCCUUUGUGCUCGGCUUUUUUAUUCUCGGUGGUAACUGCCUGGAUCUUGUUAAGCUGCAGUAGUUGUUGCCAAUAUGCUUUUGCAUUCGCCGCGUUUACAAAGAUCCCAAACUCGCUCGUCGACGAUAGGUUUCUAGAAAAAGAGCGAAGAAACCCGCUUACCCGGCUAACGGCUUCGAGGUCGAGGCCGCUAGGAAACAAACCCGAUGCCAGCAAUCACAUCGAACGAAGCAACAGCAGCAAUGCCCGCUCCUCCACGGGCUUGGCGUCCACCACCACCGAUGGUGGCAGUGACAGCGACGAUGCUGUCCAAAAGGGAAGAAUACUGCUAGCGCUGGUAGCCAUGCUGUACGGAACCCUAAACGUUUCACUGCGAUUCGUUUACGACCUCCCCGAGGUACCGCCGUCGGCCGCUGCCUUGUCGGCAACCCGAGGAUGGAUUGCCUUUUUGUGCUUUUUGCCCCCACUGCUGCGGAACAAGCUCAAAUCAAACUCGAAUACGGUUGUGGAGGUCGAAACGGUAGCUUCUUCGUUGCCCUCGAAAGCCGACGCCAUCGGGCCCUUGUUCCGAUCGGGCGUCGAGCUGGCCCUUUGGAAUUUUCUGGCGCAAGGGCUGCUAAACGUAGGGCUUGUGUCGACGGGUUCGGCCCGGGCCUCCUUCCUGACACAGACCAGCGUUUUGUUCACCCCGUUGAUCUCAACUCUGAUCGGAAAACAAAAAGUUGGGCGUAGCGUCUGGUGCGGGUGCCUGGUGGCCCUGGUGGGGUUGGUUGUUUUAACCCUCGGGGGCGGUGGUUCGGCGGAAGCUGCCGCCUCUGCGUUUUCCCUCUCCUUCUCGAAGGGGGACCUCUGCGUCCUGGGGGGUGCUCUAUCGUGGUCGAUGUACGUGUUCCGGAUAUCCUUUCUUGGCCCCAAGCACCUUGAUCUUGCGCUGCAGGGGGUCAAGACGGGACUGGUAGCAGUUCUCUAUUCCGUCUGGUGGAUGGCAUCAGCCGCCCUGAGUGGUGGUGGUCUCGAAGCGCUCUCGUGGUCCUCUCUUCCGUCGUGGAUGGUGUGCAGCCCCAUGGUGUGGUUUGCGCUGCUCUUCAGUGCGGUCGGACCGGGAACGAUCGCGGACGUUCUCCAGCAAAAGGGGCAGAAGGUUGUCACCCCCUCGGAAGCGAACAUUUUGCUGAGCGCGGAGCCAAUUUUUGCGACGGUCUUUGCGGUCCUUCUGCUGGGGGAAACCUCGUCACUGUUGGAAAUCGUGGGGGGUGGCCUGAUCAUCGCCGCGGCCGCCAUCGCGUCGGUCCCGUCCGACAAUGCGGCAGGGGCUUAAUAAUCAGUGUGUGGGUUGUUUGAAGCAGAACAACAAAUCGUCGGCCAUAGAGAACACGGCACAAAACACAAAAGGGAUGGAAAGACUUGUGAAUGGCCAGAGUCGAAUCUGAAAAAAGUGAUUAGUUACUUCUAGGUUGUACAAAGCAGACUGUCAAACUAAAAUUGAUACAGAACUUUUUUUCUUCUGAUUGAACUGUACUGUACGUACUAGCAGGAGUAAGAGUACGUACGGACGUCUUUCUUCUAGAGCUACUAAGUACGGGCCCCAUAACGGCAAGUUAUUGGCAAUUUCCGUACGUCAAUUUUUUCUCAUUUUCCCGUCUCUAUUUCCCCUCUCCCCCCAUCCACACAAAAAACUAUGAAGUCCGCAAAUAUUUUUAUUCCUGGUCCUUACUAGUGGGAAUAUCAAAUCAGUGCUUAUCUCGAAUAUUAAGGACMACCAAUAGAAAUAUUUUKKGACU